GAGAGUACAGGGGGAGAGUACAGGGGGAGAGUACAGGCGGAAGGCACUGAGGUAAGCGGAGCUGCAGAGAGAUAGACAGAGAAUAGCCGGAGAGAAGGUGCCUGCGAGGAGGACAGGGAGGGAGGCUGGACUGCCACCAUCUCACACAAUAAGCCGGAGGCCGUUACCAGGCAGGGGACCGGCAAGCCCAGGUGCAGGCUGAGGACGGGUCAGGGCACCGGGGGGGACGGCGGGAGGCCCAGCCUCUGGGAAGAAAAAAAAAAAAAGGAGGCACUUCUGGGAUGUGGUUAUCAGCAGAAUAAAAGGAGGACACCGAAGCCACACAGCGGCAGAGGCUGCGGGAUGAGAGAGCGGAGGGCAGGCAGGUUACCCCGGAUCUAAUUACUGCCAAGCACAGUGUGAGUAUGAGUGCUGGUUCGGUGGAGCAGGAGCCGGCCCGGAAGCUUGGUUGUUGUGGAGUGCCGGUGAUCACAGAAGACAUGCAGGCCCUGGCUAUCCGCAGCUUGUCCGGGAGCGAGGUGCAGAAGCAUUACGAGCUGAUCCGGGAACUAGGAAAAGGAACAUAUGGAAGGGUAGAGCUGGUGUCCCACAAGAGCACAGGAAAUAAAAUGGCCCUCAAAUUUGUGAAUAAGAACAAGACCAAGCUGAAGAGCUUCCUUCGGGAGUUCAGCGUGACCAGUGCCCUUUCUUGCAGUCCAUUCAUCAUCAGAGCUUUCCACGUGCUCUUCCAGACCGAGGAGUGCUACGUCUUCGCUCAAGAAUAUGCCCCAGCCGGUGACCUUUUCGACAUCAUCCCUCCACAGGUUGGUCUACCAGAGGACAUGGUGAAGCGUUGUGUACAGCAGCUUGGGUUGGCUCUCGACUUCAUGCACAGUAAAAGUUUGGUCCACCGGGAUAUUAAACCCGAAAACGUCCUUCUUUUUGACUGCGAGUGCCGACGGGUUAAGCUGGCCGACUUUGGCAUGACCCGUAAAGUGGGUUGCCGUGUAAAACGCGUUAGUGGCACCAUCCCAUACACUGCACCUGAGGUGUGUCAGGCUGGCCGCACCGAAGGCUUCCCAGUGGAAACUAGCUUAGACGUCUGGGCCUUUGGGGUACUCAUUUUUUGUGUCCUCACUGGCAAUUUUCCUUGGGAGUCUGCAUCUCCGGGAGACACCUUCUUUGAGGAGUUUGUGCAUUGGCAGAAGGGGCGACUGCCUGGUCUUCCCUCUCAGUGGCGCCGUUUUUCAGACAAUGCCCUACGAAUGUUCCAGCGCCUACUUUCCCUGGAGUCAGAAAAAAGGAGCCCGGUCAAAGAGGUCUUCUAUUACAUCAAGUAUGACCUAUUAUCUGAAGCUAGACGCAGACCUAGCUAUCGCUCUCGUAAACAGACAGGAGAAAAGAUACCACCAGUGCCCCAGCGUCAUGAGAAUCCCACCCCUCUCAAGAGGACAAUUCUCACCGAAGGAGGCUCUUCGCCACGUGCUCCACAUUCUCUGCCAGAACCUGGCCAACCAUCUGCUGGUGCUGGUAGGACGGAAGGACAGCGGGAUAAGAGCAAAGCCCAAUUGCUUUUAGCCACUGCCAUUGAGAUCUGUGUGUAGGAAGGAUGUUCUCCUGGACUUCGGUUGUGAUGCCAUUGGGCCCAAGUAAAGGUCACCUCCUGUGGAGAACUUGAAAUAGGUUUGACCCUAAACGGAACCUGCGCUUUGAACCCUACAAGCAAAACAGUGGUGCAAACAAAGGCUUAUUAGAAUAAUGAACUGUUUUGGGGUAGGUUGGAGUAUUAAGAAGCCUUUUUGGACAAACGUGGGUACAAAGACAUUAUAUUUAGUGACUCUAUGCUGGUUUUGUUCUCUUCUCCUUUGAGUUUCAAAGACUAGGCACCAUAGAGCC